ACCGUGUGAGGUUAUAAAAGUCACGACACAGCUGAGCUGUGGACCUCCAACCCAGAACCAUCGGUAUACGGCCAUCACCUGCUGCCUUCAGAGCAGAAAGGGUCGCGCAACGGCGUCAAGACUGGAGCUUUAACAAGAAAUAACGGGGUUUCCCGUUCAAAGCAGCACGGUCACCAGACACAUCGGAAUAGCCGAGUGAAGUCCCUCGAUCUAAGACCACCGUUGUCGCUGCGGCCGCCAAACCCAACGAAAAGCACCGAAUCGGAACAAAAAUGGUGCAAAACAAGAUCGGAACUGUAACCGGAUUUCAUCGCUCCUUCAAGGGCCAAAAUCCUUUUGAAUCAGAUAAAUUCUCCAAUACUGGAUCCCUUCUUGAAACUGCCUUCAAUUUUGAUUGCCCCCCCCGCCCUGACAUGCCAUCCAGCCAGCCAAUCGACAUACCCGAUGCCAAGAAGAGGAACAAAAAGAAAAAGCGUUGCCGAGCAACGGACAGCUUCUCGGGGCGAUUUGAGGAUGUGUACAAACUCCUGGAUGAAGUCCUGGGGGAGGGAGCGUAUGCAAAAGUCCAGACCUGCAUCAGCCAGAUCACGCAGAAGGAGUAUGCUGUGAAGAUCAUAGAGAAGAGACCAGGACACAGUCGCAGUCGGGUGUUCAGGGAAGUGGAGAUGCUGUACCAGUGUCAGGGACACAGAAACAUCUUGGAGCUUGUGGAGUUUUUUGAGGAGGAGGAGAAGUUUUACCUGGUGUUUGAGAAGCUGAGGGGAGGUUCCGUCCUUACUCACAUUCACAAGAGGAGACACUUCAGUGAGCAGGAGGCCAGUAUUGUGGUGCAGGACAUCGCAAGCGCCCUGGACUUUCUACACAACAAAGGCAUGGCUCACAGAGACCUCAAACCUGAAAAUAUCUUGUGCGAGUAUGAGGACAAGAUUUCACCUGUGAAGAUCUGUGACUUUGAUCUGGGAAGUGGAAUCAAGCUCAACAGUGACAGCUCUCCCAUCUCUACUCCAGAGCUGCUCACACCGUGCGGCUCAGCGGAGUACAUGGCUCCUGAGGUGGUGGAAGCGUUCAGCGAGGAGGCUUCCAUCUACGACAAGCGCUGUGACCUGUGGAGUUUGGGGGUCAUCCUCUACAUCAUGCUGAGCGGAUACCCUCCCUUCGUGGGCCACUGCGGGAGCGACUGUGGGUGGGAGAGCGGAGAGCCCUGCAAUGCCUGCCAGAACACACUGUUUGAGAGUAUCCAGGAGGGCAAGUACGAGUUUCCGGAGAAGGAGUGGGCUCACAUCUCUUCUGGUGCCAAAGACCUCAUAUCCAAACUGCUGGUGCGGGACGCGAAAAACCGCCUGAGUGCUGCUCAGGUUCUGCGGCACCCGUGGGUCGAAGGGGGUGCUCCUGACUCUGUGCCGUCCUCCAUCCUGCAUCAGAGGAACAGCAGUGCCAAGGAUCUGACGUUCUUCUCUGGGCAGGCGGCAGCCGUCAACCGCCACCUCGCCCAACAGGAUGGCCUGGAGGAGCAGCAGCAGGAGGGUGGUGUGCCCCAGGUAGUGACAGCAGGGGCUUGCUCCAUGCGCCUCUCCCCUCCCUCCACCUCCAGACUGGCGAAGCGCAGACAGAGGCACAGCGCCCUGAAGGGGGCGCCGGUCUCGGCCGCAGAGCUCAGCCAGCUCCUCGCCCCGCUAGUCAUCAUAGGGGACUGCGCCUGAGGCGGGUGGGGUGGGGUGUGGGGGUUCAGACCCCCCAGACACUCUCCAAGACGCUGGAAGAGAGAUCGGGUUCUCUGCUUGGCCUCCUUUGAAUGCCCGUCCACCCUAACCCUCCUCUUCCUCCAAAAAGGGAUACCCCAUCCCAAAAAAAAAAAAAAAA